CUAUUUCGGGCGAGCGUAAUAAUAAUUAAAGAAAUUAAUCUCUCUGUAUGAUUCCAUGUUUGUCGUGUUCAACGUCAGAGACAAACGCUAACUUGUAAUUUUUCGCUCUGUUGAAUAUAGCGACUUCCUUUCUUCAAACACUUAAAGCUUCCUGAGUAUGCAUACCCUAUAAAAAAUAUACUCCAGAGAAAUCGCUAUUCUUGCCUCUUGAUAGUUCGCCAUAUCGGCAUUCAUUAGUAAGAUUGGGUGCUUAAACAUCGAAGAAUAAUAUUAUUUAAUAAAUGAUUGCUUAAUAUGAUUAAAGUCUGCUUAAUCUGCUUUAAUAAAGAAUACGAUGAUAGAAGACCUAUGCAUGUUCGAUAGUUCGUGGCCACAUUACAGAAAAAUACAGCGUAUUGUGACAUUCUCGUUUAUUGAAGGACAGAAUUGAAGCAAGGCUGCAACCAUACAAUGGAAGAAUCAACAAACGGGGUGAAUAGCAGUGACGAAGAUGACUUGAGUGGAAAUGGUCACACCGUUUCAAACCCUGAAAAAAAACAAAAUGAUGGAGGCGAAGCGGAAUCGAUUCCCCGACUUGAGAAGCCAAUUUUGUCUGGUGCUGCAAAAAAAAAAGAGGAAAGCCCGUCUCCUGUCCAAAAUCGUUCAUGGAGGCAUAAACUUGAUCCGGCAAAAAUGUUGUUUGCCGCAGAAAGGAUAGAAGACGAAAGACCAUUUACUAUUCAAAAACCGAUGUUUCCUUAUCGCAAGGAGAGCAUAGAGGAAACUGCAGAAGAACACAUCCCGCUGAUCGAGAAAAAAAAGAAAAAAGCUUCAAAAUCAGAAAUUGUGCAGAAGAAAUUUGCUGGUCCUCCGUCGAAGUUAGAGAAUUCUCUACAAAAAGUGAUAGUCUAUAGUGAAGAUAGCUCUAAGAUUGCUCUCAUACGUAAGGCAGAAGAAAAAUUUUUCACGAGCGGUACAUCUGGAGAGGAAGUGGAUAAAAAAAUCGUGCUGAGAUACUGUGACAUCGCAACAGCAAUAUAUCUUGACAAUGAUAUACAUUUGAUCGGAUUUAUUUCAAAAGGACCAAGACACCACGCGGAAAUCCAACGUCGUAUACUAGAAGCAGUCGAGUUUAACAGUUUGAAGUGUUUACGCCUACUCUGUGACUACUAUUCGCCCAUUACAACAGAGGAAGAUAUCCAUCUGUUUCACCGCCGCUACGGGCUGUCUUCUUGGCCAUUGAAUGAGCGCCCCAAAGAAUCAGCUCUUCACCUGGUGGCAAAGAAAGCUACAUCAAUUGAAGCGAUGAAGGUUUUCGAACAGGUACCGAAAUUCCUGGAGGAUUUUUCAGACAUUCCGGACAGUCAUGGUUCCUCUCCACUUCUUCUGGCGAUCAAAUGUAACAAUAUGGAGGUGGUUAAGCGAUUGCUCACUAGAAAACCAGACUUAAACAAGCGAAAUAAACUUAACGAAACGCCUAUUCUUGUGGCGGCCUUAAACGACGAUGCAGAUGUUAUAAAAGAAAUGCUUGCGAUAUAUUCUGAAACUGAACUACUUGAGGUCAUUAAAAACAUUGAUGGAAAGGGCCAUUCUAUUCUCUAUCCUGCCUCUCAGAGUGGCAAACCAAAAGUUCUCAAUCUCAUUAUGAAGCAAAGUUGCUGGCGGGAAUUUUUGGAUCAAGAGAGGAAAAUGACUGAGCAUUGGGAAUCCUUUGUUUGCAAUGUUUGUCAAACAGGAUGCAAAGAACUUGCAAAAACAAUAUUUGAACAAAAUCCUGAACUCUUGGAAGCAAGCGGUGAAAAGGUUACCCCUCUUAUGCGUGCGGCCGAAGCAAACCAAUGGGAGAUUGUCAAACUUAUCUUCGAAUUCAAGCCAGAUCAUAGUAUUCUCAAGACUUGUGAUAGAAGAGGCAGAAAUGUGUUCCACUAUUCCGUUGAAAAUCCAGAUAUUCUACGUUAUCUUAUCGAAGAAGCCAAAAAGGGUAAUUCCAUGAAUACUGUACCUGCUAAAAUGGACAACUCGGAAAAUACUCCAAUAAAGCUUGCCGCGGUUAGAAAAUUGGAAGAGAGUUUCAAAAUUCUCUUAGAAUCCACGACUAGUGAAGGGGAUAUAUUUUCAGCUCAUCUUAUUCAUAAUGUCGACUUUCAAGUUUUGAAAAAGGGUCUUCUCAGCUGGAGGGAAAAGAACCCUGAAACACUAGCUUGUUUGCUGAAAGGUGAUUACAAGGAAGAUCAACCGUUUUUGGAAGCCGCUAAAAAAGGAAACAUUCAGUUAUUAGAGUUUUUCUUGGAGGAAGGAGCAAAUUAUUUACAAAGAGCUCCAAAUGAUCAAACUGCCAUCCAUUUUGCUGUCCUUUCUGGAAAGCUUGCCGCCGUUGAAUUUCUGCUGAAGAGAAAAGAGUUUCUAGAAAUGAUAAAUUUUACGGAUGACGUAAACAUCAGUGCAGCUGGUUAUGCAACACAGAGCGGAAACGCGGAGAUACUAAGAUGUCUGUUGGAGAAUGGUGCGAAAAUGAAAAGUGACUCAAAAACGGCCCGACUCAACAUUUUAGAUUGUGCGUACGGAUAUUUCAAAACUGGCGAAAAUUCCCUUAAAGAAAUUGUCAGGUUUUGUACAAAAAAUGGAAAAAUCCAAAGCUUACAAGAGUUAUUUGAAGACUCGUAUUUCGGUGCGGAUUGUAUAACUUCGAAGCUGAUCGAAAAAACACCGGACGUCGCCAUGAUGAUUUUUGACCUCUGUGUUUAUCAAGAUGAAUAUCUUACUCACCGUUCUUAUGGGGAAGUGGAAAUAGAAAGAAGAGUGUCGUACUCAUUUUUCCCCUUCAAACAAAACAACCCUAAAGACAAAGUGGAUGGCAAGCUUGAAGCUAUAGAAAGUAUGGUUAACACCAAAAGAGACAACUGUUUGGGCCAUCCACUAGUUUUGAGGUUUUUGAGCGAGAAACUUAAUUCAUCGAGAAUUCAAGAAUGGCUCUUUUUUAAUAUUCUUUUAUACGCGACAUUUUUGUUCACCUUAACUGCAUAUGGUACUAUGGCAAGUCAAGGAUCACACAACUUGAACGCACCAGGAAUGAUUGCAUUGUCGUUAAUUAUUUUGGUCUUUUGUGCACUUCAUUUCAUCAAAGAAAUACUUCAGUUUGCUCUAAGUACUGCGAAUUAUAUAAGGGACUUCGAAAAUUACAUCGAAUGGGUGAUAUUCAUCUGCGCUGUUAUUUAUGUGGUGCCUGGAAGUAGUAAGAAGACGGAGAUGCAGAUAGAAGCUGGAGCAAUAUCGGUAUUCCUGGGUUGGAUCAACUUUUCUUUGUUCUUGAAAAGGUUUUCAUUAUUUGGGAUCUACAUCAUCAUGGCGAAAAGAGUUUUUCUCACUGUCUGUAAGGUGUUACCACUCGUUUUGUUGUUCAUCGUUGCGUUCUCGCUGUCAUUUUCGCUGCUUAUUCCCGUGGAUCAAGGUUUCAAAAAUAUUCCAGUUUCUAUUUUGACAACAUUCGUCAUGAUGACGGGAGAGUUGGACUAUCGGGAUAUCUUUCUCGCAAGCAGACCACUUCACGUUUUGCAGAAAAUUCUACUUGUGCUAUUUAUUCUUAUGAUCUCAAUCGCUGUAAUGAAUUUAUUGACUGGUCUGGCCGUUGAUGAUAUUAAUGACAUUAUGACUCGUUCGAAAGAGGAGAAAAGAAUUUUUAAGGCGAAGCUUGUCAUUACAUUGGAAAGAAAUCUACGCAAUGUUCCAUUCUUCUCACUGCCUAAAAAUUUAGAUGGCCUGGAGGACUUUCCAGACAGAAAGUCUCAAUCUUCGUGGCUAUUACGCCAGUGGAAAAAGGUGUUCGAAGAUAGCGAUGAAGUGGAGGAACAAUUAAAAGCAAUGGCUGGUAAAAACGGGGGUAAUUGUAACAAACAAUUCGACGAACUGAGGGACGAGAUUAGAAAGACAAAUAAAGUGAUUCAGAGUAAAUUUGAGAAAAUCGAAGCAAUGUUUGAAAAAAUUCAAGCAGGAGGUAUACGUGCUUCAGCAGUUGAACCACACUAGACCGUCUAGACGUAUGAUUGCUUGAGUACGUACGUGAAGUUUCCUAAGAAAGGAAUAUUGAGAGUACAGAAGGUGCUAAAGAAGGACACUAUUUCAAAUCUUGUGGGGUACUGGGUCUAGUCAAGAGAAAUCCAAUGCGAUUACUAUUUUUGGGAAAGAAAAUGGAAAUUUAAUUUAGAUAAAUUGAUUUCAACAGUAGUAGCCUAUAAGAAUAUGUUUUCUACCCAAAAAACGAUUUAGUAAAUCUGAACUUUUAAUAUCAUAAGUUA